AUGACGGCGGAUUCGGCUGAGCCCGUGCACACGCCUCCCUCUGUCCGGCUCCCGCGCGACGCGGAUCUGACCGAGCGGGACGGCAGCGAGCGGGUGUUCAUCAACGUGUCCGGGCUGCGCUUCGAGACGCAGCUCCAGACGCUCUCCCGUUUCCCGAACACACUGCUGGGUGACCCGCACAAACGCACCCGCUUCUUUGACCCACUCCGGAACGAGUACUUCUUCGACCGGAACCGGUCCAGCUUCGACGCCAUCCUGUACUACUACCAAUCCGGCGGGAGGCUCCGCCGACCCCUGAACGUACCGGUAGAGAUUUUCGUGGAGGAGAUAAAGUUUUACGAGAUCGACGAGGCCGUGAUACAGGGCUUCAUCGCGGAUGAAGGGCUUAGCAGAGACGAGGAGCGCCCGAUGCCCACCAACGAGUUCCAGCGGCAGGUUUGGCUCAUGUUCGAGUAUCCCGACAGCUCGCGAGCGGCCCGAGUGAUCGCCAUUGUGUCCGUGAUGGUCAUCCUGGUAUCAAUCGUUAUCUUCUGCUUGGAGACGUUACCAGAAUUCAGAAGUUCCGGCGAUGUGCUGAGCAGGCAGGCAACAGUUAACGGGACGACUGAAGGAGGCUGGAACGGCAGCCCGUUCACCGACCCGUUCUUCCUGCUCGAGACGCUGUGCAUCGCGUGGUUUUCCUUCGAGAUGUUCGUGAGGUUCAUGUCGUGUCCGAGCAAGUCCGCUUUCUACAAGGACAUCAUGAACACCAUCGACAUCAUAGCAAUCGUGCCGUACUUCAUAACUCUGGGUUUGGAGCUUGCAGAGCACAGAGGCAACGCGCAACAGGCCGCGUCCCUGACCGUGCUCAGAGUGAUCCGUCUCGUGCGCGUCUUCCGCAUUUUCAAACUCUCGCGCCACUCGAAAGGGCUACAGAUCCUGGGUCGGACGCUGCACGCCAGCAUGCGCGAGCUGGGACUGCUCAUCUUUUUCCUCGUCAUUGGCAUCGUCCUGUUCUCCAGCGCGGUCUUCUUCGCUGAAGUGGACGACCCCGAGUCGAGCUUCACCAGCAUCCCGGAGUCGUUCUGGUGGGCUGUGGUUACCAUGACUACAGUGGGAUACGGGGACAUGAGCCCCGUCACGGUCGGUGGUAAAAUCGUUGGUUCGAUGUGUGCCGUGGCCGGGGUGCUCACCAUUGCCCUGCCUGUUCCUGUCAUUGUGUCCAACUUCAGCUACUUCUACCACCGGGAAAACGACGACGAGGAUCACAACACGUACACGCACGUGACCUGCGGGAGUCCGGUGGCCCCGUCUGAGGAAAACAGCAUGCCUAAAUCCGCAAGCAAAUUCACACUCAUUAAAUCAGAGUGCUCGGAAAAUAAUAAUGAUGAUGAUGACUUUAAUUUCUCCAUGUACUGUAAUUUUAACCUUGAUGAAUACACAGGGAAGCUGACAGAUGUGUGAGCAGCCAAAAAAAAAAACACCAGGACAAACAACCAAACAGCAUUUCAAGAGUGGCAUUAGAGCAGGGGGGGUCUGGGUUCCCCAGGGGUCAGUAAAGCACAGCUUCAUAUAGAGUUAACUAAAUUAGCAUAGCUUUAUAUAGAGUAAAUAAAAAAAAAAACAACAACAACAACAACAACAACAACAACAAAAAAACAACUAAUGGUUAUUUUCAGUGGUAGAAAUAAAUCUCCACCAUUCACCAUCACAGCCUACCUGCUGAUCCAACCAGUUUAGUCUGAGCAGCCACCAACACAACAGUAAGGCAAUUAGAACAGUCGCUGAAAAACAUUUCUUCAUUUCAUAAAAUAUGUAGAAAAAAGCUGGAAAAUAACUUAGCAGUGGGCAAAGAUGGUCCACCAGUUUGACCAGCUCAGCCUGUGUUUUGGCAACUGGUAGCUGCGCAGACUAACCGAGAUGUUUCAGCAGGGAAAGUUAUUAUACAUUCAUUAUAAUUUUCUUAUAGUUAUUAGGCUGUUUGACUGGUCCCUUGCAUUGAAUGGGUUUAAUCCAAACCUCAAUAACUCAAAAACAAGUAGGCCUAUAAAUGAUGUCAGCUUGGACAUAAUGUGUUCUGUGGGUGGAGAGGUCAGGAAUAAAAGCUCUAUCACUCCAAUAAAUAGCCAAAACAUUUUGUACACAUUAAAAUAAUGAUCUUAAUAUUUGAAUAGUGGAAUAUGUUUGUGAAAUAAAGCUGAUGGGGUUCCUGGAAUUUAUUUCACAGUUUUAAAGUGCUUAAAUUAGUUAACAUUUGUCUGCGAAAAGUUGGAGAACCUUUAACUCUCAGAAAAAAAGGGAAUUGUACUAGUCCUUGUCUAUGAUGUGGUACCUUCAAGCAUACAGCUUCAGUAUAUAUCUUUUAAGGUGUGCCAUUGUAUAUCUAAUAAGGUGUCCCAUUGAAGCUUUACUUUAAAAAUAAUUAGAUCUUAAAUCUUUUUUUUUUUUUUAAAAAAAAAAAAAGCACUUCCACACUUCAAGGUGAAAGAUAUAUAUUAAAGGUACAAAAGAUACUUUUGAUGCAGCCACCAUAGUGACAAGAAAAGGUAUAGUUGAGUACUGCUUUUUUUCUGAGAGUAUACUAUUUGAAUGGUUGGAUUAUAUUCAUGAAAUAAAUAUGUGCUGAUGGGGUUUGUGGAAUUUAUUUUACAAUUAAAAGAGUCCCUGGCUUACAAUAGAGGGCUGAUUUAUAGAGGCCAGGCUAAGGUUAAAAUGAUGACUGUUAUUGAAUUUGAGAACAAUGUAGUCCUAUAAAAACCCUGGCUUACUUGGCAAAUUAAACACCUUCCUUUCAAACUCAUGUAUAAAAGAGGUGUUACGGGAAAUCUAUGUGAUAAACUCCAGGAACGAGAAUGAGAAAUGAGAAGUUUCCAGGAGAAAUCAAGAGAAAUGUGAUGUUUAUGUGAAAUGAGUUACCGCAUUUGCCUUGUGUGUUGUUGACGUAAAGAAGAUACUGUAAAUAUGUAUGUACUUUGUUGCAUUAAGGGCAUUGUGUAUAUGUAUCUUAAUACUUACACUCAUUGGCUACUUUAUUAGGAACUCCAGUACACCUGCUUAUUCAUGCAAUUAUCCAAUCAGACAAUGUGGGCUGGUUUGUGCAUUUCAGAAACAGCUGAUCUUCUGUGAUUUUUACUCACAACAGUCUCUAUAGUUUACACAGAAUGGCAUGAAAAACAAAAAGAACACAGUGAAAGGCAUCAGUUGACCCAUUUUGAUGAGAGAAGUCUGAGGAGAAUGGGCAGAGCUGACAGGAAGGCUAUGGUAACUCAAACAACCACUCUCUACACCUGUGGUGAGCAGAAAUGUAUCUCAGAACACACAACACAUCGAACCUUGAGCCGAGAUGAACUACACCAGUAGACGACUACAUCGGAUUUCACUCCUAUCAGCCAAGAUCAGGAAUCUGAGGCUGCACUGGACACAGGUUCACCAAAAUAGGACAUUUGAAGAUAAGAAAAAUAUAAAAAGUUUAGAAAAAGAGAAGAUUCACAGCAUGAAUGUGCAGCUGUCACAUCUGGAAUCUAUGCCAUGAAGAACUGAGGCUGUUCUGAGAGCAAAUGGGGUCCUACCUAGUAUUAAUCUGCUGUUCUUAAUAAAGUGACUGGUGAAUGUAUGUAGUAUGAAAUAGUGAAAAGCAUGCAGAUGACUGCAGAGUACAUUAUCUGGUGCCAUCUUGUGGUCACACACGAGCGCUGCAGGACUUCUGUGCGCUUUUUUUCAUGCAUUUCUGUGGCGUGAAUUAACAGCUGGAGCUGGUGUUGGUCAUUUUAGCCUAUUUGCUGGAUAGAGGAGGUCAAAUUAAGACCAUCUGAAUCUUUUUGUGGCUUUUAUCUCAGAACUGAAAACUAAACAGCACAGUUUGUCUACUCAGGACUGUUUUUAUACUUAAACACUGAACCUGUAAAAUAAUGUAUACUUUGUGAAUUUGUAGAUGAUUUUCUGUCAUGCCAGCAAAACUUACAAAAGUGUUCGCAAUUAGAAAUACUUUUCCCUAGUAAAUAUUUACAUCUGUAUCAGACUUAUUAUGAUAUUUGAAAAACUGAAUUCAAAUAUUAUAAUCUGUGUAAAAAAUAGCAGGUUAACUGAACUUAACUGUGUUACAAUGAGGCUU